GCCUUGUCCCCUUGCUCAUAAAACCCUCCCGCUGCCUCCCCUCAUCUCUUCUGGCUUCUCCCCAGAUCUCAUGGCAACGCUUCUUCCUUUCCUCCUAUUCCUCUCCAUCUUCUCUGAUUCGGCCACAGCCAAUCUCCAGUCCAAAGAAGAAAGCUUCAUCUCCGUCGUCGUCUCCGAGAAGGGUCUCGACUUCGGGAAGGACAUGCUGAUCGAGAAGGCAAGGAACACCCUCACCCUGCUCCGCCUCCCGGACAUCGAGAAGUCGGUGAAGAUUCCGGUCCUAGGGACAGUUAACAUGGCGGCGACGAAUAUCACGCUGUUAAGUAUCAACGUUUCAUCUUCGACGGUUCAGCCCGGCGAGUCGGGUAUCGUGAUCGUUGCUUCGGGGGCGACGGCUAAUUUGAGCAUGAAUUGGCGGUAUUCGUACAGCACCUGGCUUAUUCCGAUUGAAAUCUCCGAUGAAGGAAGUGCUUUUGUUCGGGUUGAAGGCCUGGAAGUUGGGCUCACCAUUGGCAUGGAUAAUCAAAAUGGAACUCUGGAGCUGACUGUGAUAGAAUGUGGCUGUUAUAUGAACGAUAUGGUCAUAACCUUGGAUGGAGGAGCAUCUUGGUUUUAUCAAGGGUUCGUGAAUGCUUUCGAGGAUCAUAUUAGAUCUGCUGUGGAAAGUGCAAUUACUAAAAAUAUUAUUAAAGGGGCAAUGAAGCUUGAUUCUUUAUUGCAAACUCUUCCAAAGAAAAUUGAUUGGGAUGAUGUUGCUGCACUGAAUGUGACUUUUGUGAAUGAUCCACUGUUUGGAAAUUCUUCUGUUGAGUUUAACAUUAAUGGUCUAGUCGUUGCAUCAGACGAAGUUUCAAUGCAAAGCUAUUUACAUGAAAAUGCACGGAUUUCAACAUCUUGUGGGGGGGAAUUAAAGAUGCUCUGGAUUUCAUUAGAUGAGAUCGUGUUUAACUCUGCAUCAGGGGUAUACUUUCAGGCAGGAUUGAUGCAUCGGAUUGUGGACAAGGUACCUGAUCAGGCUCUUUUGAAUACUGGUAGCUGGAAGUUUCUUAUUCCUCAGUUGUACAAGAAGUAUCCAAAUGAUGACAUGCUACUGAAUAUUUCAGUAACUUCUCCUCCAGUUAUAAGGAUUACACCAGAAAACAUUGGGGCUAUCAUUUCCUCGGACAUGACAGUCCAUGUGUUGGAUGCCAGCGAGUCAAUUCCUGUUGCAUGCAUAUCAGUGGUAGUUUCUGUUUCAGGGGUUGUGGAGAUAUCAGGAAACAACCUAGGUGGUAGAGUAGAAUUAGAUGAGUUUACCCUGAAGUUGAAGUGGAGCAAAGUUGGAAACUUUCAUAUGUAUCUAAUUCAGGGGGUUAUGCGGGUCUUCCUGAACAGUGUAUUUGUGCCAUAUGUUAACAUGCAUCUCAAGCAAGGUUUUCCUUUGCCGAUCAUCCAUGGAUUUAUGCUCCAAAAUGCAGACAUAGUCACCUCCAGUUCAAGGAUGGUUAUAUGUUCUGAUGUAGCAUAUACCAGUUUCACUGGUGUUGUGUGACCUGCCUUCCAGCAUUCAAAACACAGAUGGGAAAAUUAAUGGAUUUUGGAUGAUGUGCGCAACAUACAAAUAUAAUGCUGGAAUCCGUGGCUGGAAGUGUGCAUUCCACGGGCCUGGAUUUAUGUUGAUCCCAGUGGAGCAUAUUAAAACUUUUAAAUUUGCUCAAGCUGAGGGCUGGUCCAUUUCUAGUCCUAGCUGAGAAGUCACUUUGUAACUUCUUCCAUAAUAUGUACCCUCUGUACUUUAGCCCCAGACCAGAGGGGUGUAAAAUAUUCAAAAGAAAGUCUGAUCGCUUAAUUUGUUUGUAUUCAUGGUUAAGUGAAUUCUGUAAGCAAGUCUUCUCAAUUUUCAGGCAGUAGACUAUAUCUUGUGAUCUU